GCACAGAAAUCAAACUCAGAAGCAAUACUAGUCAGAGUCGGAGAUAUAAUCAACCUCAAAUCAAUAUUUCAGUGUUUCAGUAUCUGCACAAUAUUUAUCCAAUUAACAUCCAUCCAUCGGGGAGUACUGUGGCAGUCAUCCAUGAGCCCCGUGCCGUUAAAAGCUAACACUGUUAUUUCGACAUCUGAGCGAGUCCUGAGGCUAAAGAAAAGACAGAAAGUGUUGCAGAGGAGUAAUUGAGAAAGCAGAAGGGAGGAAGACGAUGGGCAGGACGAAAGAGGGCGAGGUAGUGAGUCCAGGAUCGAGGAUGUUCCACGCGCCUGGCUUCGACUAUUACGUUAUUGCAGUCAUGGGGGUGAAGACAAGAAUCGAUCCUGAAGUCGUCAAACAAGGCUUAAUCAAUACUCUACUCAACCAUCCCAGGUUCUCCAGCAAUCUGGUAAAGGAUGGUAGGAAAUGGAGAUGGAAUCCAACCACAGUAAACAUAGAGGACCACGUCAUAGUUCCACCAAUAGAUCCCCAUCUUGACUUUCCCGAUCCCGACCGAUUCCUCGAAGACUACGUUUCUAACGUCACAAAAACUCCAUUAGACAUGUCGAAGCCUCUGUGGGAAGUCCACCUCCUCAACCUCAAAACCUCCGAAGCAGAAGCUAUCUGCGUCAUGCGAAUCCACCAUUCCUUGGGAGAUGGUGCCUCUCUCAUGUCGCUUCUUCUCGCUGCAUCUCGCAAAACCUCCGACCCACAUUCCCUACCAACUGUGCCUGUCAUGAAGAAAGCCACCUCGGACCACCGUCUUUCCGGCGGCCGGUUCUUAAGGCGGUUCUUGUCGGCCGUUUGGGGUACUGUGACGUUGCUUUGGAACACUCUGGCCGACUUGGUGAUGUUUGCUCUGACCGUCUUGUUCCUCAGAGAUUCAGAUACUCCUCUGAAAUCUGCCCCUGGGACAGAGCAGCCUGAUACGAUGCGUUUCGUCCACCGUCACCUCAGUAUGGAUGACGUCAAGGUCGUCAAGAAUGCCAUGAAAAUGACCAUCAAUGACGUUUUACUGGGAGUAACACAAGCUGCUCUGACUCGUUACUUAAACCGAACAUACGGAGCUGUGGAAGCAGAUGGAAGACAAAGACCAAAUCAUAAUCAUAUGCUGGGCAACAUUCGACUUAGGGCAACAAUUAUGGUCAACGUUAGACCCACGGCAGGAAUCCAGGAGCUGGCAGAUAUGAUGGGAGAGAAAUCAAAGGCGAGAUGGGGAUGGGGUAAUCGUCUAGGGUUCGUUGUUGUCCCUUUUGCCAUUCUUUCUCAAGAUGAUCCCUUACAGUAUGUUCGUCAAGCCAAAGCCAUCAUCGACCGCAAGAAGCACUCUCUAGAAUCUUUCUGCACUUUUCACUGUGCUAAACUGGUACUCAACUUUCUGGGAAUCAAGGUGGCUUCAGCUAUAACAAGAAGAGUUUUCUCAAACACGACCAUGGCAUUCUCUAACGUGGUCGGUCCCCUGGAAGAAAUUAGCUGCUUUGGUCAUCCUUUGGCAUACAUUGCUCCUUCCACAUAUGGACACCCUCAUGCACUAACCGUCCAUUUCCAAAGCUAUUAUAACAGGAUGACCCUUUCUGUGGCAGUGGAUCCAAGUGUUAUUCCUGAUCCUCAUGCUCUUUGCGACGACUUCCAACUAUCCUUCCAACCCAUCCGAGACUCUGUGGAUAAAAAUCUCGUCCCACAUGCUGUCUAAUAUUUUCAUUUAUGAUUUUUUUAAUUAUUGAUAUUAUUAUUAUUAUUAUUAUUUAAGCUUACU